GUUAUUUUUCUUAUCUAAGGUUUAUACUAGUAGAGAGUUAAUGCUGCUUACUAAAGGUAAAGAAUUUAGGUUAAUAAAAUUUAAGUUAGAAUUUAAGUUAGGUAAAGAAUUUAAGUUAGAAUUUAAGGCAGGUAAAGAAUUUAAGUUAGCUAAAAGUAUUUUUUAUUAA